UAUAGAAACAUUUUAUGUCGACGGAUUGUGCAUCGUUCUAGUUUUUUUUAAUUUCACAACAAUAAUUAUAAAUCAAUUUCCAUGCGCUGCAUGAGCGCAGAUUUGUGAUAAAGGUGUGGGUUAGCUGAAUAUUCCCACCUGAGUUGAAUAUUCCUGAUAUCACCUGGCAUAUCAUGGUAUCGAGGUCGUAGUCAAAUCUUCGGAGCGCGGAGACUUCGAGAACUUCGGUUCGCUUCGGAUUAUGAAAUAUCUUUCAAGUUUACAACAAAGCAGUUGGUCCGAAUUCCAGAAGGUGGUCAUUUGAGGUAGGGGAAGGAAAUGGCCGUUUGUGUAAAAGUGAAAUCCACUAGCAGAAGCAUUGGUGGUUCAAGAGAUUAUUCAAUUUAUGACUUCGCUCAUUCUGCCAAGACGAAAGCCCGAGCACCUAAAUCGAACGUUCUGGCCGUUGAUGAGUCUUGUGACGUCGAAGACGCGCUGGAUGAUGACAUCCUUUCGACCCAUGUUAGCCCAAGUAAGAAGUCAGAUGUCACUAUGGCGGAGGAAGUCGUGUACUGUGAUUAUGUGAUCGACAUUUGGUACCUAAUUUCGGAGCACGUCCGACCGGAAGACGUCGGCCGGUUCGCGGUAAUCUGCCGUAAAACGGCUGAGGUGGUGCAAUCGGCCAAGUUCUGGCACCAUCUCUAUCGGCAGUAUUACGAUCGCAACGUGGAUCUUCCACGGCGGCUUCAGCCGGAUUGUAUGCUAAUGUUGCGAGGAUUACGGGCACGUGCUAUUCGAUCCUUGUACUACACGUACCCUCCCUUCGUGCAACGACUUGCAGCGACGGCAUUUACCGAUCCACAUAGAGUUGCAGGGCGACAGCUCCUAUUUUCCUGGUACACCAAGUGCAAAACUGGUUGGAACUAUUACUUUAAGCUAAAGGCUAGACUGAUCCCCGGAAGUCGAGCAGCCCGAUCGGCCAGGAUACAGAGGCAGAAAUCAUCGCUGGAUUUCCUACAGGAUACGUACUCAAACCCGGAGGAAGGCUGUCAGAUACUGAUAAUUACGACAGACACACUUCAUCUGCUGCCACAUUACCACGAGCAGCUGAUGGUGAAAUCUCUGAUCCAGACGCUGGCGCAAGGUUUCACCAACUACAAGGUACGACUGCAGAUGGCCAACUACUGCCAGCGGAUAGUGGACGAGAUGGUGUUCGUACCGGUGCGGCAGGUACGGGUACUGGACUGGUGGAAUCCGGAGUACUACCGGGAGGAUCCGACGAUUGAGAAGCAGGCGGAACAGGAACCGAUGGACAGCGAUGCGGACAAUGUGUACUGGGAAGAUUAGAGUGGGGGUGUUUUGUAUUGAGAAA